UCGCGACGCGGACGAGUCACACACCGCACGCAAGCGUGCGCGGCCAUCGAUCGGGCUAAGGCAGGCACCAUGCAGCCGCCGCCGAGGAAGAGUAACUACACCAAGUUCCUGAAGAACUUGCACACGGAGCAGAUAGCCAAGCUCCACGCCAAGAACCAGCACGAAUGUGACCUGUUGGAGGAUCUCCGGACCUACACCAUCAAACGGUCGGCCAUUGAGAAAAGCUACUCCGAGGCCUUGCUGAAAAUAUCUUCAGGGUAUCUCAGUAAGAAGAUCCCAAACAUCCCGGACAUCAAAGUCGACGGGGCGGAGGAAAAAUGGAAUAUGUGGAACGUGUGGCGCACGGUGCUCGAGGAGAAUGAGAAGCUGGCGCGCGCGCGCCUCGCCGCCGUCGAGGUGUUCCAGCAGCAGAUCGCCGACGAGGCUAAAAUGCUGCGCCAACACAAGAUCAACGUCGCCAAGAAGUGCACGGACUCCCUGGCGCAGGCACACAAGGAGCUGCAGCUCACGGUGAUCGACGUCGACAAGACCAAGAAGCUGUAUUUCGACGAGGAACACACGGCCCACGACGUCAGAGAUAAAGCCAAAGACAUCGAGGAGAAAUUGAAGAAGAAGAAAGGUUCUUUCUUCCAAUCGAUAACCUCGCUCCAAAAGAACAGCGCCAAGGUAUCGUCGCGUCGCGAUCAACUCGAGGAGAAGUCAACGGGCGCCAGGAACGACUAUCUGCUCAGCAUCGCCGCUGCCAACGCCCAUCAGAAUCGCUACUUCCUCGUAGAGCUGCAGACCUGCAUGCAGAACAUGGAGUCAGCCGUAUAUGAAAAGGUGUCAGAGUUCCUGACCCUCAUGGGCCGCACUGAGCUGCUGACAUGCUCCGCCACCCAGCACUCGUUCGGCAAGAUCCGGGACCAGGCACAACAGCUCACCCGGGACUAUAACCUGCAGUGCGUGUAUCUGUACUACCCGGUGCUGAAACAACACAUUCAGUACGACUACGAGCCAUGUGACAACGACCCCGUCGACAUCGUUACCAUGGAGCACGAGUCUGUGGCGCAGACGCUGGCGCAGGAGGCGCGGCGCUGGGCCACGCGAGUCGUGCGCGAAACCGCGCUGGUGCGGGACGCCACCCGCAAGCUGCACUUGUACCAGGCCAUGCGAGAGGCGGGACAGAAGACGGACCCGAACGACCCGAACGGGCCGGACCUGGAGACGCGCAUGGACGAGCUGCGCUCCAACAUCCGCCGCUCCGAGACCUCGAAGGCCAAGUACGAGGCGCGGCUCGAGUGCCUGCGGAACAGCAGCGCGCCCGUCGACGAGUGGCUCAAGGAGAUCGACCUGCUCGCCGUGCAGGACACCCUGCCGCGCAGUUCCAGUCUCCUCAGCGUGAGGACCGACGCGUCCGGGGCUGCCGAUCAGCCGAGCUCCGACUCAUUCUACGACAGCGACAACACCGAGGGCGAGCAGGCCCCGGCCGCCUCCGUGUCGGGCCACCAACGGACCACCUCCGGCUCGCAGCACGAGGACGAACACGACGAGGAGGUUGACACGGCGCUGGAGGAGGAGAGGAUGCGCAUGGAGCAGCUGGCGGUGGGCUGGGACGACCCCACGCAGGUCAACUGGGGCGAGGAGCCGGUGGCGGAGGCGCCGGCCGCCGGCGUGGAGGCGCCCGCCGCUCCGCUCUACAAGUGCACCGCGCUCUACUCCUACACGGCCCAAAAUCCAGACGAGUUGUCGAUCAUAGAGAACGAGCAGCUGGAGGUGGUUGGCGAGGGCGACGGCGACGGCUGGCUGCGCGCGCGCAACUACCGCGGCGAGGAGGGCUACGUGCCCCACAACUACCUGGACGUAGAGCGAGAGCAGGCCUCAUCCAAUCCUGGUCUGGUCACUCAGAUAUCGUUCUCUUCUGUGGACUAUACCGUGGAAGGGGAGGACGCGGACGUGGUGCAGUCUCCGGACCAGAUCUCGGUGAUCUCGGCACCAGUGGCGAAGGCCGACGAGCCGAAAGCCGAGGCCCUGAACACGGAGCUGGCGAGGGCCGUCGAAGAGUCCCAGUCGGAGUGGCCGACCCUGGGCUACUGUUUCGCGCUUUACGACUACGAUGCUGAUGCUACUGAUGAACUUAAUCUUGAAGAAGGACAGAUUAUCCGCGUGGUUUCGCGCGACGCACACGGCGUGGACGACGGCUGGUGGCGCGGUGAGGCCAACGGCGUCAUGGGCAACUUCCCCUCGCUGAUCGUCGAGGAGUGUGACGAGAACGGAGAGCCCCUGAGCGGCGGUGAGGACGAGUGGUCCCCGCCUGACUCGGCGCCGCCGGUGUUCGCUUCGCCCCCGGGCUCGCCCACCACCGGGGGCUUCGACGACCAAAUGAUCGUCGGAGACAACAACAAUGGGAAAGACGCCCCGCCGCCCGCGGCGCCGCCGCCGCCGCCGCCCGCCGACGCCGACGACGGUGACGACAUCGACCUCGGCGACUCUAUGGACAGUCAGCCCGACUUCAGCUUUAACCUGGAGCUAACUAAGAACCAAGUUGAGCAAUACGGGAGCCAGUUUGAAGGGCAGGAGGAGAGCGUCGUCGCGCCUGCCGUUACUAUCGUUGUCGAUGAGGUUGUCGCUGAAAAUUGGAACGAGGACGAGGAGGAGCCGGCGCCGCCGCCGCCGAAGCCUGCGCCGCCCAAAGUUGAGCUCCCGGACGACGGCGGGCUCGGCGUGGCGCAGAUCGUGAUCACCGCCGCCACGCCCAUGGUGGAGGAGCCCGAGCAGCCCUUCCCUCCGCCUGAGCCCGAGCCCGAGCCCGAGGAGGACGAGUCCUCCAUCUCCGAGCAGACCGCUGUCUGCGUGCCCGACCAGGCCGAGGCCCCGCCCGCCAACAGCUCGACGGCCUCGGAAGGCGAGUCCACCGGCGCCUCCGGGCCCCCCACUGCGCCGCAGUCUCCGCCCGCGGCGCCGCGCGCCGGCCGCGCCUCCAUACCCGACGAGCUCGAUUCGGCCCAACUUGCUAGGCUCACUGACUUGAAAGAAUCCAACGCUUAAACUUGCGACUGUAUCUAUUUCUUUCUCUACGGAAGAACCGUUUUUCACUCUCUCGUUUCAGUGAUAUCGUGGCUAUCACACCGGUUUGAAUGAAACUAUCUCGCUCAGUAACUCUGUAUACGAAUGUAUAUGUAGAUAUGGAUCAUAUUAAUUUAAAACUUCAUUAUUUUAAAUUGAUACUUGGAUUGACCGCAUAGUGAAAGAGCCUACCUUAAGAUCAGGUAACUAUAGUCAUUAAGUACAACUAUGCUCCAGUUUGUAACGUUAAUUCUUAACGAGUCUUUAUGAUUUGUACUCGUUACAUUUAUUUUGGAGCUUAGAUACACUAAUGCUCUCUUAUGCUUGCUUUAUUUUAUACUCAAUAUAAUUUGAAAAAUACUUAUACAUAUUUUACUAGAACUUGAAUUUGGGCCAAUUGUAAGUUGUGGACUAAAGUUACCUGAUUUUACGGUACUCUUUAUACCUAAGUAUCUAUAUAACUCUAGCGUACAAAAAAGAAUAAUGCAGCGAUAGCGGCGAGAAUCACAUCAUUGUGUUUUACAAAAUACAAUAAUGUGAGUUCAAUAACGAAUAACAAAUAUUUAAUAUUAUAAGACCGAGUUUUGCGAGCGAGUGUCUAACGGUUCGGACAGGCCGGUGCUCGGCUGGAUAGAUCCGUUGAAUGUCGGCCCGGUCAGUGGAGCUGUACAUACAUACUUAUUAUACAUAUACUGGUUACUGCUAGGUGUAAUAGCACGAUCUAGUACCUGCUGACUAGGGGUAUGAGAACAUCGCGAGCUGGCCAACGAUCCUUUUUAUUAUAAAUGUAUCACCAUUGUUAAAUACUUACAAUAUAAGUUUCUUUUAAACGCGCAUUCUUAGGUGCCUCAAGACUGUAUAGGAAGUGGUAUACUUUAAUAACUGUAAUCAUAUUAUAUCUUGCGUCCAUAUGACGUCUUGUUACAACGAAAUAGUCGGAUGGUUGUUACCUUAUAUUUAUCACAUGCAUAUACCUACAUUCUUCUCUGUGGUGAACGUGAGAGAUGUUGUUACUUUUUAUGUACAAUCAGCAGCAGAAGUUGCUAAGCGGGCGAGGUGUUAAAAAUGAUCUUAACGUGACUUUAUUUAUGAGAAUAAGAGCGUGUCAAGGUAAUUUAAUUUGAACACUUCGGCUGCUAAGCAACUUCUGCUGCUUUGACAUUGUACUCGAAUCUGGUAACCAAACAUCGCUGCCAGCGCGCUAGGGGCAAAUCAUAGAAUACGAGCAGUACCUAGGUCAUAAAAAAAUCAGUGCUCGCUGCGAUAAAUGUUAUAAGUACGAAGACUUCUUUUAACAUCUAGCCAGCGAGUUGAAUAUUCAGUUCUUUAUAUAUUAAUUAUAUAAGAAUAAAGAAAUAUCACAUUUUUCCUUGCCUCAUUGUCGAACAAUAAAUAAGUUUGGCAUAUAGUUAUCCCAUAAUAAUUAUUGGGGGGUUUCUGGGCUUCAUAUUGAAAGAUAUGCCUGCACGCCUAUAGCGAUGUUUGAUGUAACUGUUUCCAAUGUAGAUAGUUGUGUACGAGGAACUUACCUAAGAUUUUAUAAUAAAUGAGAAAUUAUCUAAAAAGAUGCAGAUACCUAUAUUAAAAUAAAUUGAAGAUUUACAAAUAAUUUUAAGUUCCAAAUGGCUCGAAAUAUUUGUAUAGGUUAUUUAGCUAAACUAUUCAUACUUGAUGAAAAUCUAAUAGAAAAUAUGUCUUCUCAGACUUCCAACUAGAGCAAAAUCUGACUUUUACAUACCUAUUAAAUGUGAACAAAUCAGUAUCCUCUUAAUUGUAGAUAGACAAUUAAUAUUUUUAAUUAAAACUGCGGUAGGUGUUUUUAAUGUAUCAUAUGCUUCUAAUACUCAACAGAUGCUUGUGAUUUAAUUGAUUUUCUUGUGUGAGUCUAAUGCACUUGUCGAUAAAUAAAUCAUACCUAAACGAAGUACAAAUAUUACAUUCCAGUCAAUUGAUGACGUUUAUCUUUAAGUUUAUGCAGAAAUUGCAAACUGUUAUAUUCUAUACAUUUCCCUAUUUUACGAAAAUAUAUGAUGUUCUUUUAAGCCAAGCUGAUAAAAGUUGCGGUCGGUAAAGUACGUAGUCAAAAGUAUACCAUACAACAUGUAG